UACCGUAGGGAUGGCAGCCCAAAUCAAAUUCCAGACUCCACCCACAUUCACCGGUCGGGAUGGGGAAGACGUAGUGAGUUGGAUCCAUCGCUACGAAAAGGUGGGUAGAUACAACCGAUGGGGUGAAAACGAGUUACGGGAUCACAUUGAGCUGUCAUUAGAGGGGGCUGCGGGCAAAUGGUAUGCGUGCAUGGAGGCAACGGGCAAUCUUACCAAUGCGUGGUCGGACGUACAAGGGCCCCCGGUGGUCAGGGGAGUUAAAUCGACACUGUUGACACAGUUUACGCCCGUAAACUAUGUGCGACAUAACGAGGCCAAAUUGCGUGCGAGGAAGCAGGGAAUUGAGGAAUCGACCCUGGAGUACUACUACGACGUGCUUGAUCUGUGCAGGAGGGUAAACGCGCGUAUGGCCGAAGCCACGAAGCUAGCGUAUCUCUGGCAGGGGUUGAGACCUAGUGUACUAGAACAAUUAUGGAGCUUAAAGCCCACUAACUGCGAUGAGUUCCUCCAGGAAGUAAAGCGCUUCCAGGAGAUGACCGAUCGAGGGAAGCAAUACGAGUGGGCUAUGGGAGUUAUGGGAAGGGAGGAAAGACCCACGCAUGACCCAUCGCAGCAAGAUGCAACGGUAGAAACGAGGUUGGAAAAAAUCGAGAGAAUGCUGGGAGUUAUGGGAAGGGAGGAAAACCCCACGUAUGACCCAUCGCAGCAAGAUGCAACGGAAAGACCCGAUGUAGUUACUCAUCAGGGUCUCCUUUUCCGAGUUGUAGUGUACAUGUACGUUAUUGAGGUCCACGACCACGUUGUCCAGCUCCUCGUAAAGGCGUUUUACCACCAAUUGGUGGGCAUAGACUGCGUCAACAUCCACCUUUCUUGCUUUCAACAGUUCUUGCUGACGUUCACGCAGAUUGAUGCUGCUGAUGGAGGCGAAUUUUCAGCCAUGGCAUACGUUGGUGGAAAAAAGGUCACUUUAACGGGUUUUCACUACAAGUUCAAAGGGCUGUUAUCUGCUGGUCCGGGGGCUAAACAGCUUCCCUGA